GUUAGAGUCAGAGCGUGUCAGACUGCUUGGCCAUGGAAGUGCCUAGUUUCGCGGAUUGUUUCUGGAAAUCACUCUGUCUUAUCAUUGCAUCAGCCCUGGCACACGCGGCAAUUUUCGUGUGUGAUCAAGGAAGAAAACAAAUUGUUGAGUUAGAGCAUGUCAGAACAGGCAGCAUGAGCGUGGAAGAUUUGCUGAGGCAGUUGCCAGAGUCCAUUAGCAAAACUGUACACCAGACGACCACUCCACAUGGUACGAUCUUCCAGAGCCUGAUGCUCAUUGCUGCACUGCUUAUGUUGGUCAGCGAAUUUCCCAAAUUUGAUUUCGUCCAGCCCAACUACGACUUGCUGUUGAUAGCGUAUGAAAUCAGCCGGUACCUAUUUCCCGUUGUCGGAAUCGUUAUGCUUGUCUUUAUUCCAAUGUCGCAUGACUAUAUCGUUAUGAUUGACCGCUUUAAACGACCUGGAUACAAGCUGACGCAAGAAGACCGAGCUGUCUUUUACGCAAACAAACUACAGGAGGACUUGCAUCAAGCUGCCGGGGUUCUAGUUUUUGCUGUUACACCAGCACUUGAAGGUUAUGCUGUUGGCCGAGCCUUUGUUGAAUUCUUUGGGAAUGGAAUGGGUGAAGACUUUGUGAAAUGGAAGGAUCAAGACUCAGCAUCUCUGAUGUGGUUGAUCUUGCUCGUUGCCCGUACUGUGAUGCUACUUGGUGUGCACACGUGUUUGUGGAACAUGGUCUACGAAUGGUACUGCGAGCCAACUGCACGGUUUGCAAGAAAUCCGUACUACAUCUACGACGCGGAAAAAGCUUUGAUUCGAUUUUUGCUGAACUACGUCCUGCUUGUUGGCCUGUCAAUGUGGUUCUUCAAUACCAUUCACUUUAAGAUAUUGACAACGGUUUCACAGCGGGCGCUCCUUUCAACUGCGUUUUGUGUCGCAGUACUGACAUUGUGUUACACCCUCCGGGUUCUCGAGUACUUGAUGUUCAAAGAGAGGUACUUGAACGAGGGCACGAUGGAACGAGUUUUUAUGAAGAUCGUGACGAAGACAGAAAAGAGAAUGGACCGAUACUCUGAGGAGUUGGAGGAGCUUUUUGACAAGUGGUCAAAAUGUGCAUAUGUGGAGUGGGAGAACGAGACCGACACUUCAGAAGGUGAAUGCUGCUGAUGCUGCUAAUGUCCACCAAUUUACUCAAUUUAAACUGAAGGAAGCAGGUGUGUGUGUGACAAAA